AACUUGUGGUUUGUCUAGUGAUUCUGGUGCUAAUUUCUGUUAUUUCUGUGAGAAGUUAGUACAUAUGAGUCGCUCUGACAUCACAGAGGGUCAGUCUAUUGCUAGCACAAUUACAGUGAAGUAUAAUAGUAGAGGAAUAACAUGGAACGUGAGUUAUGGCAGAUUAAGAGGAACUGCUGGAGACCAGGCAAGAUGUGGAAGAAAGAUUUCUGAUAGAACUGCAGGUUUGCUAACCUGAAAGACAAAGCAAAACGGUGGUGCACCAUCCUACUCCGUAGCAUUGCUGGCACAAAUAUAAUCUGCAUGGAAGAGUCAUCAGAAAGAAACUUUACCUGCGACCUGGGUCGUCACAAUUACAUAAACAUAUCUUACAAUACUAUACCAGCUGAAGCAUCACGAUACCACGCAAUAUUAUGUUCAUUCAUAAUUCAAAUCUACAAAAUGAAGCAAGUUUACAGAAAUACAUCGAUUCUCAAGGUUUCUUCCUCAUAUCAUCUUAGGGAGUUUUUCCUUGGCACCGGUCACCAUGCUCAAUAGGGAUAAAUUCACACACUUAAAAUCUGUAUCCUGUGUUUAUAUAUUUCUGCAAAGCUGCUUUGAGACAGUGUCCAUUGUAAAAAGCGCUAUACAAAUAAAAUUGAAUUGAAUUGAGUAAAUGAAAACAGACAAACCAGAGUUUCCUCUGAUUAUGUUAUUAAUGAGAAUGAAUAAUUGGCUGUUGGAAAAACUCAAGAACAAUCAUACAAUUGGCAAGCAGCUAAUUCAAAGUGCCACAUGUUUCAUACAUCGUUCCCUAGAUCAGUGAAAUCAUGCAGAUGGAAAAUAUUGUUAUUAGGAAUAAACAAGUGAAUUUGGAAACUCCAAAAAAUGAUAAAAUUGGGAACUUUUCCCACAGCUACUCACUCUGUGACCGCCGCUGUUUUCCAGAUGUGUUUUAUUCAUAGAUAUGCGUUUUUCACCAUUGUGAAGUGACGUCACUGACGGGGUUAUCCACAAUGAUGUCCCAGACCCAGCUAAUCCAUAAUGACAUUUGUUGUAGUUUAUUUUAAUUAUCGAUUAUUAUUAUUUUAUCGAUUAGUUGUUGCAGCCCUAAUUUUGGGUGCAUGACCGACCCCAAAAAGUGUUAUUUGUAUAAUUACAUUUGUCAUUUAGUUAUUAAAGAGACAAUCUACCAUCCACAACCCCUGCCAUAUUAUUAAAACAUUAAUAGACAUGGGAACUAGAAUACUUUUAUAAUGGUUCUGUUAAACGAUUCGAAUAGCAUGCUAGUAAUAAGGGGAAGUGAUACCUUGUGACCUCAGAGUUUCAAUUAGAAACGAGAGUUCUGAUUGGUUAAUCCUGUUUCUCACCAUACCAGCUGAUAGCUAAUGAAAUGUCAUGAAACAGAGUAAGGGAUGGGUCCGUUUGAUUUUCAGGGUGGUUAAAUAUGCUGGAAUCAUAAAGGAUGAGGGUGUUGACGUGUUUUUUUUUUUGUUGUUGUUUGUUGUUGUUUUUUUUUCUGUGACCGUGACUCAGGUGUGUUACUGCAGAUGCUCGGCACGGUCAAGAUGGUCACCAUUCCAGAGUACUACACGGGUAAGAACGUGCUGAUCACCGGCGCCACGGGCUUCAUGGGCAAGGUGCUGCUGGAGAAGCUGCUGCGCUCGUGCCCCGGCAUCAGAGCGGCCUACGUGCUCGUACGGCCCAAAGCGGGUCAGUCUCCGAGCGCCCGCAUCGCAGACAUGGUCAACUGCAGGCUUUUUGACAAAUUAAGAGAAGAGCAGCCGGAUUUCGCGGAGAAGAUCGUGCCAGUGAACAGCGACCUGACGAAGCCUGAGUUAGACCUCAGCAAAGAGGACCAGGACACACUGAAAGAGUGCAUCACCAUUGUCUUCCACUGCGCUGCCACGAUCCGCUUCAACGAGCCACUUAAAGAUGCCAUGCAGCUGAACGUGCUGGCCACACAGAAGAUGCUGAGUCUGGCCCAAGGUAUGAAGCAGCUGGAGGUGUUUAUUCACGUCUCCACGGCGUACGCUAACUGUGACCGAGAGCUCAUCGAAGAGGUCGUCUACCCGCCACCUGUCGACUACGGGAAGCUCAUCGACACGCUGGAGUGGAUGGACGAUAAGCUGGUCAGUCUGAUUACCCCAAAGCUGCUCGGUGAGCGACCCAACACGUACACAUACACCAAAGCCCUGGCCGAGUACCUGGUGCAGCAGGAGUGUGGGAACCUCAACGUGGUCAUCAUCCGCCCUUCUAUAGUAGGAGCCAGCUGGAAAGAGCCCUUCCCUGGCUGGAUAGAUAAUUUCAAUGGACCGAGUGGAAUAUUCAUUGCUGCAGGGAAAGGCAUCCUACGCACCAUGAGAGCCUCUAACAACGCUGUGGCUGACCUCGUGCCAGUCGAUGUCGUCAUUAACACGACUCUGGCUGCAGCUUGGUACUCAGGCUCACAGAAACACACCAGGCCAAAAAGUUUGUUGGUGUACAACUGCACGACCGGCGCUAUCAAUCCCUUCCACUGGGGCGAAGUCGAACACCAUGUUAUAUCCACUUUCAAGAGGAACCCCCUCGAGCAAGCUUUCAGGCGGCCCAAUGUAAAUCUCACAUCCAAUCAUCUAAUCAAUCAGUACUGGAUUGCUGUGAGCCACAAGGCGCCAGCAAUCCUCUAUGAUCUCUUCCUCAGGAUAACUGGACGAGAGCCCAGGAUGAUGAAGACGAUCACGCGCCUUCACAAGGCCAUGAUGGUGCUGGAGUACUUCACCAGCCACUCGUGGGUGUGGAACACGGACAACGUCACCAUGCUCAUGAACCACCUUGGAGCUGAGGACAGGAAGGUGUUUAACUUUGACGUCAGACAGUUACACUGGGCCGAAUAUAUGGAGAACUACUGCAUGGGCACGAAGCAGUACGUGCUGAACGAGGAGUUAUCAGGCCUGCCUGCUGCACGCAAACAUCUCAACAAGUUGCGAAACAUCCGCUACACCUUCAACACAGUCCUGGUGAUCCUGAUCUGGCGUGUCUUCAUCGCACGAUCGCAGAUGGCACGCAACAUCUGGUACUUCGUGGUCAGCCUGUGUUUCAAGUUCCUGUCCUACUUCAGGGCAUCCAGCACCAUGAGAUACUGAACCUCGUCCUCUUUCUCAUCCCUCUGUCCGUCUCUCCUUCUCUCGUCUUCUCUCUUCCCUCUUUUCUACAAUAGCUAUGCAUACGCUCCAGCUCCGGCCUCCAGAGCGCCACCCAGUUAGGGUCAGAUACCAGCCACUGCUUUGUAGAAAGCAGGGCGCGACAGGGUUCGAGACCAGUCCGUGCACUGUAAAUGAUUCUCCGUUACAGUUUACAGAUGACUUAUUUCCCGUCCUUCCCAAAUCAAGCACAAGGCGGGAGAUUAGGGACGCGAUGGCUAGUUCACAGCUCUGUGCCUAUUUCCUGUUUCAUGAUUUGCUCAGUCCUUUAGAUUACCUCGCUUGGUUCAUCAGCAUUCUUUUUUUCCUCCUUAAUAACUUAUUUAUGACUAAGAUUUAUUUAAAAAGGUUGCAGGGUGUUGGAAAGUUGCUGUUAUGCUAACAGUCGCUAGGGUUUGCAACUAACUCGUUGCUUUUUCAGGAGGACUAGCACACUAACUUUAAAGGUAUUUUGCAUAGACACAUUUUUAGUAAUAAUUCUUUUUUUUUUUUUCUUGAGAAUGAUACAGGAAGCUCUACCUGACCACAGCACAAGCUUUCUCUAUAAUUUUUUUUUUCACCAAACACUUAUAGUUUAUAGUAUAGAUCUUUUAAAUAUGUAAAUACAUAGAUUUACUAACCAUUUGUCAAGAAUUUAAUCACAUGAGUUUUCCUCAGCGCUUUUCACAGCAGCACUUAUGGCGGCUCGGUUCACAAACCAGAUGCGUCUGGGUUGUAUAUCGUGCCCGAAUGUUCAAAUUCUUGGAGGAUGAAAAGCAACUAUAGGUUUUCUAAAGCAUUUGUGUACUGUUUAGAUGGCACUUUCAUUACCGAGCAUUUCUAGAGUCAGGGGCUAUGUAUUUAUGUUGGAAGUAGACUUCAGGAACUCUAAUGUGUAACAUACUCAGCUUACAGCCGCUUCACGUUACUCUGUCAUUUCUCGGCCGCUCGGCUCACGUUUCUCCGAAUGGAAGUCGGUCGUGCCGGCCAGACACCGUAACGUCGCGUUCGCAAUGUUGCGCAAGUUUAAAGUGUGAGCUUUUAGUGCUUUCUAUGGUGUGACAAUAAAGUUCCUGCUGCUUGUGAAAUGUUUUUUUUUUGUUUUGUUUUGAAAACAGCAGCUGGGAAAACACUGGAAUAGUCCUACUGAACCCAAGAGGAAUUUCACCCGGGGAUAGAUUUGUUAGGGUGCCAUUACUUUUCAAAACAGUCCGGGAAAAGUUACCAGCAACCAGGUACUUUUUAAGGUCACGUCGACUGUAUGCAGCUAAUGCCAAAGCUACAUUUACAGCACGAACACACCCAAAAAAAAAACUACGGCAUGCAAUAACAAGCGUGGAGAUUAGUGCAGAGAAAUAAACGCGAUUUGUCGUGUUACUGGAGCGUUUUAUAUCGUUCGUAGUAAGGGUUCAAUAAACUGACCUCCAGGAACAAGCGUAACACCUCAGACUGAGAGAGAGAGAGCGCGAGAGAGAGAGAGAGAGAGUGAGUGUGUGUGUGUGUGUGUGGAUUUCUCCCCAGGUUCAUGGUAGCAAUAAAGAUGUGAAUAUUCCAUCUUGGUUUCCAUAGUGUUUAGUAAAAUGCAUACUUUAAAUUAAAGGAAUAUUCAUGCUUUUUUUUGUCCCCAACUCUAUCCAGUGGCUCUUUAGGACUGUAUAUGUGAUUAACACUGACAGACAUUAUUGAGAAAACCAAAAAAAAGUGUAAUGGACGUCUAAGAACCGUCGCUGUAUUCCUUCAGUAAAUGUUUAAAACACAUUUAACACUUAGAGGUGUGCUGUUCUAGGAAAAUAAUCCAUAACAUGGUCCAAGUUACCACAACGAAGUGGAUUAUUUCCCUCAAAAUGGAUUAUUCAACUUUACCACAGCGGUUUAUCAAGGCUAACACGUCACGCUUUUUAGCCAUUAUAGCUACAUUGUGGCUAACGUUGUGGAAGUUAGUACCUGUUAUUGCUUAUGUUAUAGCAGCUGUAAAUAGCUCCCCCCCCCCCCCAUUAGCCUUAGGUUAUGCAGAUUAUACACGUCCUUGUGUAUUAGCUGUUACUAGAGAAACAAUAAAGUACUAGGAAGAGCAUAUUGUUAGAAACCUCUGAGUUGAACUAAUCUCAGAGCUGCUGCUGUAGAAAAUUCAUCAGCGCCUUCUGAGAAAUCCUGAGAAAUGAAGCGGUACAUUAUGAAGAAAUUCCGGUUAAAUACACUUUCCUUAAUGUUUUGUGGUAUGUAUGCGUGAUCAAACCAGCACGUAUAUGUAGGAAACGUAAAAUGACAAAUUCUUACAUCUGAAAAAUAAUCCAAUG